AUGCCGCCAUACUUGAAAAUAUAUGAUGGGACCACGGACCCAGAGGAUCACCUAAUCCACUAUGUUACUAUAGUAAAGGGCAAUGAUAUGUCAAAAGAACAGGUACCGUCUGUGCUGUUAAAAAGGUUCGGUGAAACUCUGACAGGGGGAGCAUUGACAUGGUACUCCCAGCUACGUGCGCGAUCAAUAUCGACGUUCGAAGAGAUGGCAGAAAAGUUCGCCACCGCUCAUGCAGAAGCGAAGAAGGCCGAAGCUAGGGUCAACGAUAUCUUCGUCGUUAGAAGGGAUGGCAGUAGCAGCCUUUCAAAAUGGGUUAAACAGGAACAGAUCAAAGGCGACCAAAAAAUUGCUCAGCAGACUCAUGAAGUACCCCCUACCACAUGGGAAGAAAUCCACAAUGCCUAUUGCGCCGAGGUAAGGGCAGAUGAAGACGACCUGAAUGGGCCAUUUCAGCGACUAACAUCGGUUCAGACCGAGACAAGGAGAGAUCGACGUAAUGAUGGGCGAAGAGAUCAACCACCAUGUUUCAACCGGGAAAGGCAUCAGCCCUAUAUCCGUACAUCCAACCCGCCCCCUCCACGACAUGCGGACACCGUGCCACGGCACACUGCACCCCUCCGAAGCAAAAGAGGUAUGGCCCCACUGCUAUCUGCUCAUAAUUUUUGUGUUUCCCCUUCAGAGAUAGUGUACGCACUGGAGAAGCUGGUCACGAAGGUACAGUGGCCGCAAAAAAUGAAAUCAGACCCAAGCACCAGGAGGUCCAACGUCCUCUACGAAUUCCACCAAGAAAGAGGACAUAAGACUGAGGAUUGCAUAGGUCUGCGACAAAAAGUAGUUAGGAUGUUGAACCAAGGGUACCUGAAAGAACUACUGAGCGGUAAAGGAAGAGCCAACUUCGCUCGAGGACGUGACCCAUCUCAAGGACUUCCAAAGCCACCAUCGCCGAGCGCGAACCAUACAAAUGAUCAUUGGCGGUGGCGAUGA